CAUCCAAGACAGUCUUGGUUCUGCAGCAAUAGUUUUCGCUACGCGUAGGCGGCGUAGCUUCCCAUUCUUUCUAAUUCGCAACUUAAAUAUCAAGUUACUAAGAUGGCGUCGAAGUAGUUUUUUUUAACAUAAUGAAAUUUAAUUGGUAAGCUCAACGUUGGAGAUCGUCAAGUGUUAGAAGCAAGUACCCAGCUACUAAUAUUAUCCAUCGAUAUGACUAAAUGAUUCGCAACAGCUCAUGUACGUCAACAAUCUUCACUUUACUUCCACAGGAACUGAUAUACUAAAGAAAUUUUUACGGAAAUUCUAUUAUAAUUAUGUAUAUGUGUGCUCACCAUCGCCAUUCCAAAAAAAAUUGAGAACCGAUUUCUCUAGCGAAUCUUUCUAAAACUUCAUUAAGCCAGUUCUCUGCAGCGGACAUCUUAACAAGAACAGCGAGAAGCAUCUGUGUCCAAAUCUUGCGAUGGAGAUAUGCAGCUGCACUGGCAUCGGUUCUUCUUGUCCAAGCUGUUCUACCUUCUUUCGCAUGUGGCAUUUUCAAGACUUUUUUUGUGCUACAGAUCUGGCAUCCAGUAACUGUGGUGCAGGAACUCUGGCAGAGCUCUUGGAUAUCUGGACUGUUCUUGCCCACCCUCUGUUACCUCGUCCUUGUCAGGGUUCAUGUGCACAACUACUCAGUUGUGGAGGACCAUAGCACCAAAGUAUGGCACGUGUGCCACAAGGCGCUCAGACUGAAGUCGCUGUGUGUCACUGCCGUGCUGGUGUCCUGCAUCAGCUACCUCACGCAUCACUAUGCUGCUGCUGCUCAUCCUCUCUUCGCUUCUCUUGUACUCCCAUGCUCUAGUUCUGGAAGCUCUGCCAUGUGCAUGAAUUCGCGCGCCCUGCUCGCAUGGUGUCUGGGCGUCGUCUGCGGGCUGCACUACGCGUUUGUUUACAUUCUCGGUGGCGGCAACCUCGUCACCAUGGCAACCAUCCCCGCCCCCAAGAAGCAGAGGCUGCGAGCUCAGUUGGCGCCCAGCGCUCGUGGGAGGAGGAUGCACGCUGCGUUCUGGGAGAUGGCGAGAAUGAACCUCACCUCGCAGGCAUUGGCAUCAGAGGUGUCAUGUCCCUAGUUAUCUGCUAUGCUUUUAUUGGAGGGUUGCUUUAGUCUUGGGUUGGCAGCAUCUUGGGGAUGAACUCCAGUUCUGAGCUCCCUCUUGCUGAUGCCUUCACCUCCAACUUCAAUUCAACGGACGAUAUUCCUGCUCUCAAAGGAUGGACGUGGGGCAGCAGCGUGCUGGCGUGUCAGCGCGUGCAGGUGCUGGCUGACCCUGUGCUGCUGGCGGUGCUCAUGCUGACUAUGGUCGUGCUGACACUCAUGCUGCAGCUCUUCCAUGACCUCUUCUGCCUCUACGUCAUGCAGGCAGUGACUCUGCCGGUGACGUCAUCAGGAGCCUGGGCCUGGCCCUGCAGUCCAGCAGUCCAGUCCUGCGUCUGCUGGGCGCCCCGGCGCUCGCUGUGCUGGGUUGUGCUGGGGGCCCCGCUGGCAGGGCUGCCAGGUGUCCAGUCUUUGCCAUCAGCUCGCCUGGCGGACAUCCUCGCAACUGGCAAUCGAUUUUGUCCCCUUCGCUAGCGAUGAUCAGAAGCUUUACUGCCGAACUCGUACAAAAUAAUUGCCCUGAGGAUAUGGCAACACUCGGGGCGUCUGGCAACAAUGAGGGGCCUGGUAAUCCCCCCGGCAACUCUGUGGGUUGACUAUUGAACCACCAUGCGGCAUUGACCAUUAU